AUGGAGACGAGCUACAGGUCAAAGCGGGGGGGGGGGGGGCGGUGGGCGGUGGGUGCAGAGCGAGGGGGGGCGGUGGGUGCAGAGCGAGGGGGGGCGGUGGGUGCAGAGCGAGGGGGGGCGGUGGGUGCAGAGCGAGGGGGGGCGGUGGGUGCAGAGCGAGGGGGGGCGGUGGGUGCAGAGCGAGGGGGGGGGGGGGGCGGUGGUUGGUGGGGUGCAGAGCGAGGGGGGUGCGGUGGGCGGUGGGUGCAGAGCGAGGGGGAGGCGGUGGGUGCAGAGCGAGGGGGGGAGGCGGUGGGUGCAGAGCGAGGGGGGGGGGGCGGUGGUCGGUGGGUGCAGAGGGGGGGGGGGGGGCGGUGGUUGGUGGGUGCAGAGCGAGGGGGGGGAGGCGGUGGGUGCAGAGCGAGGGGGAGGCGGUGGGUGCAGAGCGAGGGGGGUGCGGUGGGCGGUGGGUGCAGAGCGAGGGGGAGGCGGUGGGUGCAGAGCGAGGGGGAGGCGGUGGGUGCAGAGCGAGGGGGGGGAGGCGGUGGGUGCAGAGCGAGGGGGAGGCGGUGGGUGCAGAGCGAGGGGGGGGCGGUGGGCGGUGGGUGCAGAGCGAGGGGAAGGCGGUGGGUGCAGAGCGAGGGGGGUGCGGUGGCGUCCUGGUCCACCUGGACAAACAAUAGCACGAGAUGA